ACCGGACUUUACAACCUCGACCAAAUUCCCGUACAACAAACCCUAAUCUCUAAAGAGAAGGAAGAAAUAAACAAACCACCGAGGAUGUCUUACGACGACGUAGAGAUUGAGGACAUGGAGUGGAACGAUGAGCUCCAAUCUUACACAUAUCCUUGUCCGUGCGGUGACUUGUUCCAAAUCACAAAGGAAGAGCUGAAAAUAGGGGAAGAGAUCGCUCGAUGCCCUAGUUGUUCCCUUUAUAUCACCGUUAUAUAUAAUCUCGAAGAUUUCCUCGGAGAUUCCAAGAAACACGUCGAGCCCUCGAAACAACAGCCAGUUGCUGUCGCUUGAGGUUCACGCUGAGUUUUUUUUUUUUUUUUUAAGAAUUUGGUAUCAUAUUGUAAUACCUAGUGAUUUGAACUGGCAUUAACUGCCUGAAAUUUUGCUCUAUUGGAAAAGAAAGGAAUUUAUGGUUU